AUGAAUUAUAACAGCCAUAAAGAUGAAAAGAAGGUCGACUCUGCACAACAAAAGCCCUCCAAGAAGGGUGGUUGGAAAGCUGCCAUAUUCCUCUUAUUCAUUGCCGUAGUAGAGCGAUUUUCGUUCUUUGGCUUGUCUGCAAUCCUCGUCACAUACCUCACAAAUGAACUUCAUCAACGUACAUCCACAGCGGCUAAGAAUGUCAACAUAUGGACUGGCGUAUCCAAUAUCGUCCCUUUGUUUUCAGCCUUUGUAGCCGAUUCCUUCUUGGGAAGGUUCAAAACAAUUGUUUUGGCUUGUGUCAUUUAUCUUGUGGGAAUGACUUUGUUAUCAUUGUCAGUAUCAGUAGUUCCCUUGGAUUAUCGCAAAGUGAUAAUCUUUGUAGCACUUUACAUAAUAACAAUUGGGGAAGGUGGGCACAGACCAUGCGUCCAAACCUUUGCAGCAGACCAAUUUGAAGAGGAUUCACUCGAGAAUAAAAAGGUCAAGAGUUCAUUCUUUAACUGCUGGACUGUUGCAACUGUAAUGUUGGCAGUAGCAAUGGCAGUGGCACUGAUAUUGUUAUUGCUAGGAAUUAAGAGCUGGACUGUUGCAACUGUAAUGUUGGCAGUAGCAAUGGCAGUGGCACUGAUCUUGUUAUUGCUAGGAAUUAAGAGGUACCGUAAACAAGUUCCCCUUGGGAGCCCGAUAACGACAGUGGCACAGGUACUUGUGGCAGCCGCGAGGAAGUGGCGGGUGGAGAAGAAGCGCGACAGUGGUGGUGAUUAUUGUGAAGAUGGGCUCCUUACACCGGGUCAACCUAAGACUUGGACUUUGAUCCAUACAAAUCAGCCGAGGUGUUUGGACAAGGCAAUGAUUUUUGAUAAACACGAUGCCAUAAGAAAAGUUCGAGAUCCUUGGAGGCUAUGCUAUUUAAAUCAAGUAGAAGAAGUGAAGCUUGUUCUACGCCUUUUUCCCGUAUGGUUGAGUUGCUUAAUGUACGCAAUAAUCGUAGCGCUAAUGAAUACCUUCUCUGUAAAACAAGGUAGUACACUGCAACGAUCCAUUACACCUCAUUUUGUCCUCCCCCCAGCUUCACUUCAAGCCAUUGUUGCCCUCACAAUCAUACUCAGUAUGCCCAUCUAUGAACGAUUUUUUGUCCCCAUUGCUAGAAAAUUCACAGGACAUCCAUCUGGCAUAACUAUGCUACAAAGGGUAGGCGUUGGUCUAUUUCUCUCUAUAUUGAUCAUGGUUGUGUCAAGUCUAGUAGAGACGAAAAGGAUAAAUGUUGUAAAAGAGUAUAACCUAUUGGACCACCCUAAUGUAAAAGUACCAAUGAAAGUGUGGUGGCUACUACCACAAUAUAUAAUUACUGGUUUGGUUGAGAUAUUCGCAUUUGUUGGUCUCCAAGAGCUGUUUUAUUCUCAAAUGCCAGAGGCAAUGAGAAGCUUAGGAUCAGCAAUAAACCUUAGUGUUAAUGGAAUUGGAAAUCUUGUUAGCAGUGCAAUUAUUUCUAUGGUUCAGGCAAUUAGUUCAAAGCAUGGAGAAGAAUGGCUUGGUGACAAUCUCAACCGUGCGCAUCUUAAUUACUUCUACUGGGUGCUGGCUGGGAUCAGUGCUUUGAAUUUUUGUUUCUUUUUAUGGAUUGCUAAGCGUUUUGCGUACAAAAAGCUUGACGAGGAUGAUGUUCUAGAAGAGAAAGAGUCAGGUGCCAUCGACAGGGACACGGGUGAGGAGAUAAUAUGA